AGGAGCGGUGGGUGCGGAGUCUGAGCCGGAUAAAUGCGCCGGAGUUGCUGCCGGUUCCGAUUCGUUCCGUUCCUGACCCCGGAGCAUAUCGGCCGCCUCCGCAUCCUUCAUUCAAUCUCAUCGCAGCACAUCGGCCGCCUCUGUACUGUAACUAUGAGUGCCGGAGACGCCUCCUACGAGGAUGUGAGACAGCUGAGCGAGAGCGGCACCGGCUACAUAUUCGAUGUGCGGAACCCCGAGGAGCUGAAGGGGGGAAAGAUCCCCAAUUCCAUUAAUAUCCCAGUCUCCCAGUUUGAGGCGGCGCUGAGAAUGGACCCCGAGAGCUUCCAGAAGACGUUUCAUGUAGAGAAACCCAAACCCAGUGAGGAGAACAUCAUUAUGCAUUGCAUGAUGGGAAAACGCGGCGCCCAGGCCACCGCCAUUGCUGCUUCACUCGGCUACUCCCACGCUCGCAACUACCCCGGCGCCUACAGGGAGUGGGCUCAGAAAAAGGGACAUUGACAAAACCAGGGCGGGGCCAAAGGGCCCAAUCACCUACCUCAUUGGCUCCUUUUAGUUACAGAUUCCAAGUGUAACUUAUUCUUUUUAUUCCUUCUGGAAAUAAAUUUCUGCUCUGAUUUCA